AUGUGCUUCCUAGCAGCCACAGUUGAACAUUUUUUUUUUCUUCUUUGUUUUUUUUUGCAGUGUGGGAACUUUGCUGUUUUGGUGGAUGUUCAUAUUUUGCCUCAAGGCUCCAAUAAAGACACCAGCUGGUUUUCAGAUCAUGAGAAAGAGGAGGUCUGCAUGCUGCUGGAAGAAGUUGUUGCUACAAGGGUCAAACACUACUUGGAAGCACCUAAACAGCGUGGUCAAUGGAAAGCAAUGGAACAUGCAUCAUCUGGUCCUCUGUUUCUUACAGCUAACAGUUUGCACAUUACUGCGUACUUUAUGAAGAGAUGGGUUAAUCUCCGUUGUGCUGUGGGGAAACACUACCGCGAGCUACGUGUAUUUCCAGACAGAUUUAUAGUUUGUGUCAGUAAACUUGAAUUUAACCCAAGUGCUUGGACAUGUGAAGAUGGUGUAUUGAAAGAAGAACUUUCCAGUGGGACGUCUGAAUAUUUUACUGAGUCUGCUGAGAACAAGAAGCCUCAGAUAAGUCUGAAUGAACAAAUAAAGCAAGACAUCUUGAAAAAAAUUGUGAAAAGGACCAAAACAAGGAAAAAUAGCACAAGCAAACCUCAACUCAGCAAGGGCCCCAAGAAAGUGUAUCUUGGCUCAGUGGACUCACAGACAGGGAACAGAAAGAACGACUAUCAAACUUCUCUCAAUCCUCAAUCUGAAGUGAGCUGUGGGAGUUCGGGAGUGCUAAAGGAUUGCAUAAAUACAGCUGAGAGCAACGUGGAGCUUCCUGUUUUAGAGCUGGAAAAUGAUGUUAAUCAGAGACAGCCAGCUGGUGUUAGCAGCCAGCAAAAGCCUCACUCUGUGGAGCGGUCGAAGCUGAGUCUUCUAAGCGAGACCCUUCCUCGUAGCUCUGAGUCAGCACUGCUGGGUCCAAAACAAAGUCCAGAAGUGACCAAAACACAGGCUCAACAAAAGAGCUGUGGUUCAGAAGAAAAGCUAGAGCAUUUUGAAAAAGUAUCCUCUGGAGGGACUCCUUUAAUCCCUAGCAAUACAGAAAUGAAUAAGUGUGAUGACGCCUGUUUAGAUCCAUCCCUGGAGGAGAAGACCCCAAUUAAUUCCAGAUUGUUUACUAAAGAAGACACGACAAAGGCUGCGUCUGAUGAGGAGUCACCAACUUUGAGAGAAAACCUCUCCCAGCCUCUUUCUGUGAGGAACAAUAUAGCGCAGACAAGCCAAAAUGAGCAAAACACGACCACUGAAACGUUGCCUGGGAUGCCAGCGUCAUGUCCAGAACUGCAGCCUGUGUCUUCAGAGAAGCUCGCUCAGAAAAGAAAAAAAGAAGUUGAAAACGGCCUCUGGAAGUUAAAACUGCGAAGGCUUAGAAAGCCAUAA